AUAUAGUUGGUGAUAUUUUUAUCCGUGAGUCGAUGUCGUGCAAUUGUGUUUCGUAGGAUCUCACAGCGAAGAUGAAGAGAUAUUCUUCGGCACCUUGUUUGGCGGAUGACACUGGCGACCACAAAAAGGCGAAAACGCUCGAGGAGCCAAACGCGAGGGAGUAUCUGCAAUUGGCGUUGGCCAGAGUGUUGGAGUUGCAACGAGAGAUCAAAGAAGGAACGUACACAACGGACCACACCAGCGAUUUCGGUGAAUCCAGCAGCGAGGAAGAUCUGACAAAAGAAGUGCUGCGCAAAGUGUUCGAAGAUCUGCCCGGAACGCCUGAAUCGGUUCAAAACAUCAUCGACAAAGUGGCAAAGCCGAGAAAUUCUCAGCUCGACGCGAUCUACGGCAAAAGAAUCCAACUUCUGGGGUAUGACACUUGUCGUCGAGCUGCCGUGGAUUUCAUGAAGCACGCAGUUCGUGAAACGGGAAAGGACAUGCCGGCGAAUUAUCCUGGAUUUCGUUUGGGUACUUAUUCAAGAAACGAGCCAAGAAUCGCUCACCGUAGGACUGGUCUGCUGAGAGGUGCUCGUAAGAAGGAAACUGGAUCUUCGUACGACCAGGAAAUCCGUGAUAGGAUGCUGAGAAGCUUGGAUCUUCAUUUGGCGAACAAGCAAAGAGAUUACACCGCUAAAUUAAUGAGAUCGGCUAUAUAGCUUUGGUAGAUCGUACCAUGGAACAAAGAUGAGGUCUUUAAAGCGUUUAUAAUUAAGCACGAUGUUAAAUAUUCUUUUCAAUUAGUUCUAGUCAGACUUGUCAACAGUUGUUGUCUUAAGAAUCGCUCUAGUCAUGCACAUGAGUCAUUAAGUAUUAAUAACAACGAGGUCCAACUGCAAAUUAUUUUUCUACGAAUAUAGUAUGCGUGUGAACGUGUUGUGUGUUACUGAAAAUUAAAUGUAUGGCGCGAAUAACGACUUAUAUAAUAUUUAUUUGUGGAAGAGUAUAAAUAGAGAAGACUGCGAUCUUUUGUAAAAAAAGAAAACGUUUAUUCAUAAUGUACAAUUUAAAAAAAGAGAAAAGAACAAAAGGUAUCUACGAUACGACUUAAACGUCUAUACGCUUCGCUAACUUCAUUUUGUCCCUUAGAUGAUAAAAAAUAAAACGAAUGUCAAAAUGUUCGCCAAUGGAUCGACGCCCGACUAGAUAAUUUUCGUCGUUCAAUCACGAAAAUCUGGCAAAAGCGAUGCUCGGGACGCGGACGCGUUUAACUUCUAUCAAAAAUAAAUCGCUCUCUUCGUUCUAACAAAUAGACUCCGUAUGAUUCGCGUAUUUUCUCUUCCGUUUUUAUCGCUUCCGGAUUAGAACAUUCUGCAUCCGUGGAUCCUCGAAGCUAUUAUACUCGGUACGAAUCCUCGAGGAUCUUCACGCGAUGCCUAACGAAAUAUUAUGCACGUUUAUAUCGUCUACGAGAUAGCUGAUCUACUCGAAACGCGAUAGUACACAUCGACGAGACAACGCUUCUCUUGCAUUGCUUUGACUACGGUAGACUCUCGUUAUAUUGCCACAUUAACUUUCACACAUACAAGCAACUGUUGCAGUGUACGGAUAGAGAGCAAUAUUAGAAAUAUCAAAUUUAGAAAAAUUUAGAAAUUUCUGAAUAUAUAUUGCACAGAUUAAUCCACUGCCAUUAAAAAUUCUUUGCUCCUACGUGACGAUGUAACGAGAGCCUGCUGUACAGAAUCACGUAAGUGUUUCGCUGAUUGCUUCUCACAUAAAAGAACAUCCGAGGCGUGGAAUACUUUCGGAAGUUGUCAACCUCGGGAUGUAGUGUCAUAAUUAUAAUAAAAUUUGUUUCACAGUAUCGUCGAUUGUGUGCUUAAAAAUGCACAUACAAUAUUUGGACGCUUCACGUCAUUUCUAUAAUCUAAAAUACGAUCAUUGUUUCAUCGUUAACAACAAUAUCAUCGGUGUAAUCGACGGGCAACUUUGUACAGUACUAAACUACUAAUGUUCUCUUAAGAAUUUCUAACAUCGUUUAAAAUCUGUAUGAUAGACUAGGAAAGAGCGUAGGUCUAUGCGCUAAAUCUAGCAAGAUAUUUAAAAAUAUUUGUUGCUGUUCUCGUUGUUCCAAUGUGCAUUUAAGUAACAUUUUGACGGCAGCACGCUUCGUGGAAUUUUUGAUUAGCAAUUUUAAUUCCGAAUACUAAGUUCGUUGUCAAAGAGCAUGACAGCGUACAAAAGCGUGCUCCAUAUUUCCUAACGUUUCAAAGUUGCCAGUCUGUUCACUUACGUGUAAAGGUACAAUUACGAAACACAAGGUACACGACUAACACGGUAUCGAUUAUUCGUCUAUAUCCAAAAAAAGACUUAAACUAAAUUGCUUAAACGUAACAUAUAGAGGGCUCAAGCAGCAGGAUACAGGGUCGCUGCCAAUAAAAAAUAAGCUGACACGAUGGAGAAUAAAACCGAAACGACUGACAAUGAAACAAACCGAAAGAAGCC